GUCAAUUCUGUGCGGGCCUCACCACCAACCUCAAAACUAGCCGCAAGAUGGGCGCAUACAAAUACGUGGGGGAACUCUACAAAAAGAAGCAGUCGGACGUCUUACGUUUUCUUUUCCGUGUGAGAUGCUGGGAGUAUCGUCAACUCAACAUCAUUCAUCGGGCUUCGCGCCCCUCCAGACCCGACAAAGCUCGUCGUCUCGGCUACAAAGCUAAGCAGGGAUAUGUUAUCUACCGUAUCCGUGUUCGCAGGGGUAACCGCAAGAAGCCUGUCCCUAAAGGUGCUACCUAUGGGAAGCCCGUUCGUCAAGGUGUUAACCACCUCAAGUACCAGCGAGGAUUAAGAAGCACUGCAGAGGAGCGUGUCGGUCGUCGUUGCGGAAACCUUCGUGUUCUGAAUUCCUACUGGAUCAACCAGGAUGGUGUCUACAAGUACUUCGAAGUCAUCUGUGUUGAUCCUUCCCACAAAGCUAUCCGUAGGGAUCCUCGCAUCAACUGGAUCGUAAACCCAGUUCACAAACGCCGGGAAGCUCGUGGUCUCACCUCCAUCGGCAAGCAGAACCGUGGCCUUGGAAAGGGACACCGCCACAACCACACGCCUGCUCGCUCGACAUGGCGCAAACACAACACACUCAGCUUACGCCGAUACCGGUGAUCUGGUGUCCGUGUGCUUAUGCUAUGUUGUAUUCCAUGUUUUAUACUCCCGAAAUCGCGUUUUUGAAAAAAUAACAUGCAUCAUGCGUCCUAUAUGCCCGGACGAAGAGCCUCGACGUUCAAUACUAGGCCG